AUGUUAUUAGGAGGAGCUCCGCUGGAUCCGUCGUUUCGUCCGGGAUUUCGCGGUCGCGAAGGUUAUGCAGGUGCCGCUGCAGCAACGACACCGCGCUCCAAGAUCAUGUAUAUUCCUAACACGACCUGGACAUGGUCUUUCGCCAUCGUCACCUUUUGUCAGACAUUAGUGGUUCUUGCGCUUGAGAUUUAUGUCUUCGCGAACUUCCAGAUCCAAGAAAAACACAAUGACAGUCCUGCCUCGAAAACCAUUCCGACCUUCCUUGCCCUCUACAGUUUCGGUUUCCUCUACGAGUUAGUCUUGGUUUACGAUGCGCUGAAAAUGAAAAACACUAUCCAAAUUAUUGGUCUCUGCAUGUGCAACGUCGGACUAUUGGUUUAUGGCGCGGUCCAGGUGAAGCAGAUCCGCACUGCAGUCAACACCUUGGCUCUCAUGAACGAAAUCGACUCCGUUGUCUGGUCUGAAUCGGAACCGUUCCUCAUCGCCAUCCCGUGCAUUGUGGCCUUGGGAACAAUUUUGAUCGCGUUUCUGGCGUGGAAACUAUACGACGAAUUCGCAUGGACAAUCUACAAGCACAUCAGUGCGGAUCUACGAAUGAAACGACGUUAUCUGACCUAUCAGAUCUACAUUGCUCUCUUGAAGUUCGAUUUCUUCUUCUUCCUAGGCUUUACAGUCCAGUUCUUGGUCGUGGUAUCUCCCAACCAUAAUGCCGAGUUCUACCUCACAAUCAUCGCUGUUCCCGUAACGAUCCUCAUCCUUCUAUGCGGUGCGCUCUUUGUACGCAGGGAAUCAACAACCGGCAUGAUCGUCAUCAUCCUACUCUUCUUCGCUGCCAUGGCCUACUUCUGCUUCAAGCUUUUCCGCAUGUACGACGCAGCCACUCGAGACAUGUACUCUCCCGCUCGUGCUUCAAUGACAUUUUUCGCCAUAAUCACUCUCAUCCUGAUCGUCGUCACAAUCAUCAAUGCUUGCAUGUGCGUGAACAACUUCCACCGCGGUCUCAAGCCACACAUCACCACGAAGAAGGCCAAGCCCGAAGAAAAGACCACCGAGCUUUCAUCCAACAUGGCUGGUGAAACGGUCCCAUCACGAAUGAUGAUCGACUAA